AUGCGCGCCUCGCACGUCGUCCUCUCAUUCGUCGGCCUCGCCCACGGCCUGCCGACCUUCGGCGCAGAGACCCGCGACCUAAUCAACCUCAGCCCAACCGUCAGUCCCGCGCUGGGUCUCGACAACAGCAACUCCUGUCUCGGGCUGGGCAUCAGCGCCUGCGACCCCAUCAACGUGGGCGGGACGCAGAACUCCAACAAUGGCAAGGAGACGGAGACUCAGGUCGGUUCCCAGUCCUCAAACAAGGGCAAGGACUCCUGCUCAUCAAAGAAGACCAAGUCCGGCUCCGGCAGCACUACCGGCAGCGGUUCCCUGAUCAAUAUCAGCCCCGACGUUUCUCCCGACGUUGACAUCAACAAUGAGAACAGCUGCACUGGCAUCGGCAUCAGCGUCUGUGACCCCAUCAACGUGGAUGGGACACAAGGAUCGAACAAUAGCUGA